AUGGGCAAAUAUACUUUUACCUGGGAACACGCCGCCAAUGAUGUCUACGUGACUGGCACCUUCGAUGACUGGAGGAAGACAGUCAAGCUUGAGCUGGAAGAUGGCGUCUUCAAGAAGACGGUCGAGCUGCCCAAGGUUCACACCCAGUACAAGUUCGUCGUGAACGGCAACUGGUGUACCAAUGAGACCGCCCGCACAGAGGACGAUGGCCACGGCAUCAUCAACAAUGUCCUCUACCCCGAGGACAUUGUCGACGAAGUGCCAGUCAACACCUUGUCGUCUGUCGGACCCGAGUCUACGACCGCUGCGCUUGCCGGUGCUGUGCCCAAGGAGAGCGAUAAGAGCGCCGCAGAUAGCUCUGCCCUGCCCGGUGCCUUCCCCGAGACACCUUUCGCAGAGACACCCGCAGGCGAGGCCCAGACCUUCAAUGUCGCUCCCAUUCCUGCUACCUCGACUAACGGCAACCCCAUUAAGCUUGCGCCUGGCGAGCCCGUUCCCGACCCAAGCACCCUUACCAACAACACCGUAGAGUCGACUGUCAAGCAUGACGAGGAACCCGAGCAAGAGCCCUCGAUUCUUGGUGUUGCCCCCAUCCCAGCUACCGCCGGCAUUGGAAACCCAAUUCACCUUGCACCUGGCGAACCUGUUCCUGACCCCAGCACUCUCACCUCCAACACCAUCGAGAGCACUGUCAAGACCGACCCCGCUUCCUACGAAAAGGCCGAUGCUCUUCCCCCUCUUGCUUUUACUCCUCAAGCCGAGCGUGAUGCCAAGGGUGGCAUGUUUGGUAUCCCUCCUAUCACUGGCAACAUGAUCCCCGAGUCCAGCCUGCCGAUGGGAGUCGAUGCUAAGACUGAGCAAGACACUGGUGUGACCAUUUCAUCGGUCGCCCCUACAAGCACAACUGCCGAGCUUGCUGGCCAGGUUCCCAAGGAGCCUCGUGGCGUCCCCGAGACUGUGACCGAGAGCCAACAGCAGGCUCACGUCGAGCCCGAAGCAUCCGCCAAUGCUGAAGCCGUCCAGGAGAAGAAGGAGGUCGAGCAAGAGCUGAAGGAGACUGUACCUGAGGCACCUGUCACAAGCCAAGAUCCCACUCUGGGUGAUCAUGCUCAGGCUGCAGUCGCUACCGCGGCUGCUGGUGCCACCGCUGGCGCAGGCCUCUUUGCCGCGGCUGUCUACACUGCCAAAGACAAGAUUGCCGAGACCACUGGUUUGAACGGACCUAGCACAACCACUGCCGACGAGGUACCCAGCGUCGUUGCUGAAAGCCAAAACACCGCACACGCUGAGCCAGAAGCGGCUGCCAGUCCAGAGGUUGUUGCAGAGAAGUCUGCCGUUGAGCAAGAGCUUCUCAGUGAGGUCCCCAAGACGACCGAGGCUGGCGAACCCGCUCCCGCCAUUGCAGUCCCCGCUGUUAUUGUCGCUGAGAGCCAGCACGAGGCUCACGCUAGCCCCGAGGCUGCUGCCAACAGCGAAGCUGUCACAGAAAAGGCGGCUGUAGAGUCUGAGCUGCUCAGCAAGCUGCCAAAGGCCGAGGAAGCUGGUGAGCCUGCGCCUGUAAUUACUGCCGCUACCACAGCCACCGCUCCUGGCGCAAACACCGAGGCGGUCGCUAGUGAGGUGCCUAUUGUUGUAGCUGAAAGCCAGAAGGAGGCCCAUGCCAGCCCCGAGGCUGCUAGCAAUGCUGAGGCAGUUAGUGAGAAGAAGGCUGUUGAGAACGAACUGCUCCAAGAAGUAAAGCCAACCCACGCUAAUGGCGAGCCAAUUCCCAGCUCGGCAGCCGUGGACUCCAAGCCAGUCGAGUCCUCCGCUGAGCCUCAGACUGUCACUGAAACCGAGACUGCCAAGCCAGCCGAGUCAAGGCCUAUUGACUCCACCACUGAUGUCGCCUUUGCCUCUAAGGAAGCCACUUCGACUGAGCAAACACAGCCCGCUGCCGCUGAGGCUUCAGCAGACGCCAAGCCAGAUGCCGAAACCUCUGCACCUUCAGGUCAACUGGCACCAGAGGCCCCGGCUAAGAGCCCAAGGCAAGACUCUGACGUGUCUCCCAAGGGCACGCCAGGCAGCCAGAGCAUUGUCUCUGCUGCUGACGACAAGAAGAAGAAGCGCCGCUCUUUCUUCGGCAAGCUCAAGGACAAGCUUUCCGGUAAGGACAAGAACUAA